GGAGAUUCCUUUGACAUAAUCCAAAAAGCAUGGUUCCAUAACGAUCACAUGGAAAUGUUAAGAGAAAUGUAAGGUUUCCAUGAUUAAUUAACUGCUGUGUCACUACUCUGUGCUGGGUAAGAAAAAGGAAAACAAUCGCUGAACCAGUUUCCCAGGGUUUGUAAAAGAAAACCAUCAAAGCCACCACCUCAUUUCACUUUAUUUCACAGACUUCUCCAUCUCAUUUUUUAUGUUCUAUGCUAAUUUCUCAAGAAAAACAGGCCCAGCACCACCUCUGCGCACAACCCCGCGGGCCUGGCUCAGGCGGGAGCGCGGGGCCAGCACCAUGAGCACCCCGGGCAGCCCAGACCAGGCCUAUGACUUCCUGCUCAAGUUCCUGCUGGUGGGCGACAGCGACGUAGGCAAGAGUGAGAUCCUGGAGAGCCUGCAGGAUGGCGCAGCCGAGUCCCCAUACAGCCACCUGGGGGGAAUCGACUACAAGACGACCACCAUCCUGCUGGACGGCCAGCGGGUGAAGCUGAAACUCUGGGAUACGUCGGGGCAGGGAAGGUUUUGUACCAUAUUCCGCUCCUACUCUCGUGGUGCACAAGGAGUGAUCCUGGUCUACGACAUUGCAAACCGCUGGUCUUUCGAGGGUAUGGAUCGAUGGAUUAAGAAGAUCGAUGAACAUGCCCCUGGUGUCCCUAAAAUCCUAGUGGGGAAUCGCCUACAUCUGGCAUUCAAGAGGCAGGUGCCCAGGGAGCAGGCCCAGGCCUACGCCGAGCGCCUGGGUAUGACCUUCUUUGAGGUCAGCCCUCUGUGCAAUUUCAACAUCAUAGAGUCUUUCACGGAGCUGGCCAGGAUCGUGCUGCUGCGGCACAGGAUGAAUUGGCUCAGGAGGCCGAGCAAGGUAAUGAGUUUGCAAGACCUCUGCUGCCGCGCCAUCGUGUCCUGCACGCCCGUACACCUGGUCCACAAGCUCCCACUCCCCAUUACCUUAAGAAGCCACCUCAAGUCCUUCUCCAUGGCUAAGGGCCUGAAUGCCAGGAUGAUGCAAGGCCUCUCCUACUCCCUCACCACCAGCUCCACCCACAAGAGCAGCCUCUGCAAAAUGGAGAUCGUCUGCCCACCCCAGAGCCCACCCAAAAACUGCACCAGAAACAGCUGCAAAAUUUCUUAAGGCACCAAAAGGAAACAAGCUGGAAUCGCUCCAGGAAAAACUCUGGUUACACCUGGAAGAUGGAAGUCGCACUGUAGAUUCAAGAAAUUAGUUUUCAGUUUCUCACGGGAACCAUGCUGCUUGGGAAUGUGUGUGAUGCCUUCUGUCAAUAAAAACACAUUACACAGUU